AGUGUGUGUUGCUAUGGGAACGCUGCACGCAGCUCCGCGCCGCCUUAGCGGGGUCGCUGCGGUUUGGCCUUGUUGAGGGGGUGCAGAAUGCAUGCAGCUGAAAAGAAAGUCCGUGCCUUUGUGCGAGUCAAGCCAACAGCUCAUUUUGCUCAAGAUGUGAUCAAGUUUGGGCCAGACAACAAGAGCAUAGAUAUAUACAUCAAAAAAGAUGCCAAGAAGGGAAUUGUGAAUAACAAACAGACCGACUGGUCCUUCAGACUGGAUGGUGUCCUUCACAAUACCUCCCAGGAACUGACGUAUGAGACUGUAGCUAAGAAAUUGGUGUCUGAAGCUUUAACUGGCUAUAAUGGUACAAUAAUGUGCUAUGGGCAAACAGGGGCUGGUAAAACUUACACAAUGACUGGAGCAACUGCAGAGUACAAGCAUCGAGGCAUCAUACCCCGAGCUGUGCAGCAGGUCUUCAAAGCAAUCGCGUGUUCUGUUGAUUCAUUCAUCACUGUCAGGAUAUCCUACUUGGAAAUCUACAACGAGACACUGUGUGACCUUCUGUCCACCACGACAAGCAGUGGGGCCAGUGACGUGCAGAUGGCUGUAGUGGAUUGCCCACAGGGUGUUUAUGUGAAAGGCUUAUCUAUACAUCCUGUUAGCGACGAGGAGGAUGCUCUCAAUCUCCUUUUUGAGGGUGAGACCAACAGAGUGAUAGCAGAACACUCGCUGAAUAAAAAUUCCUCCAGAUCUCAUUGCAUCUUUACUAUCUAUAUUGAGUCUCGUGUCAGAGUUCUCUCAGAUAUCAGAUGCAUUCAUUCUAAGAUCAACUUGAUAGACUUGGCAGGCUCCGAGAAACUGAGCAAGACCGGAUCUGAAGGGCGGGUGCUGAAGGAAGCCGCGUACAUCAACAAGUCUCUGUCAUUCCUUGAGCAAAUCAUCAUUGCCCUGGCUGACCCGAAGAGGGAGCACAUCCCCUUCCGGCAGAGCAAGCUUACCCACGUUCUCAAGGACGCCUUAGGGGGAAAAUGCAAUACUGUCCUAGUGGCCAAUAUCUGUGGGGAAGCUCUGCAUGUAGAGGAGACUUUGUCUUCUCUUCGUUUUGCUACCAGAAUGAAAUGGAUCACAACAGAGCCAGUCGUUAAUGUGACAUAUGACUCAGAGGGAACAGUGAAGACUUUGGAGAAGGAAAUCAGUCUUCUGAAGCAGGAGCUGGCCAUGCAUGACAGCUUGGUAAAUCGUUCUUUGGUGACUUAUGGCCCUCUGACUGAUGUCCAGGUAGCAGAGAUUAAAUCUCAAAUCCAUAAAUAUCUACAGGGAACCAUUGAUGAAAUUGAUCUUGAGAUACUCCCUCUCAUCUCAUGUGAGCACUGUCUUCUCUCCACAUCUCUGUGUUCUCCCUCCAGCAGGCAGGAAUGGAGCAGAAUAAAGGUUCAUGUGAAGAUAAUGAACUUCAGGCAAGUCCAGGAGGCAUUUAGGCAGUUCAAGCUGAUUGUAAGACAACAGGAAGGUGAAGUGGAAACCAGAUUACGAAGCAAGUAUGUUCUGAUAGACAAAAACGACUUUGCUGCUAUUGCUGCUGCUCAGAAGUUGGGUAUAGUUGAUGUGGAUCACCAUUUGUUGAAGAGACGAGAUGUGGAGACCAGACCUACCCCAGUUUCACCCAAACCUGAUGAGAAGAAGAAGAAAUUCAGGACAAGCAGUGAGCAGUUCAAGAAGGAAGGAACUAAAAGCUUCUUUUCUGGGAGAGACCUGGCUGCUCACUUACCAUCAAAAAGCCAGGUAAUCAUUCCCACCAAGAAUUUGAAUGUGAAAGAGAAAGCAAGGAAUGAGGAUACAGCAAAAAAAGAUGCACAGCCCUCAAAGCCAGUCUCUGAGGAGAUUUCCCAGCGGCCCAGCUCCCCUCCAUUGAGGGCAGUGGCAUUUGAGCAAUUUAAGGAGGAGUGUGGAAGUGAGAUCAACAGGAUCUUUAAAGAGAACAAAAGCAUCCUCCUCGCCAGGAGGAAGAGAAGCAGUACGGUUGCCCGGAGGAUCAACAUCAUCAAACAGGAAAUGGAGGACAUCAAAAAGGCUCUGGAGGCUCAGAGGCAGGAGCGGUCGCAGCAGGGAGAGUAUGUUGAUGAGAAAGGACGCCUCAUCAUUGAUGAGAAGGAGUUUUUACUCAUCAUGAAGUUAAAGGACCUGAAGGAAGAGUACAGAUGUAGCUAUGCUGAACUGCAGGACCUGAAGGCAGAAAUCCAGUACUGCCAGCACCUGGUGGACCGGUGCAGGAACAAACUCAUCUCAGAGUUUGAGAUCUGGUACAGUGAGUCUUUCCUCAUCCCCAAGUAUGUGCAGAAUGCCCUGAAGCCCAGUGGCAACAUCAGACCUGGAAUGAUUCCCAUAAACAGAGUUAUGUGCCUGAAAGGCAUGCAAAGAGUUUUGAAGCUAAUCAUAGACAGAUUCCUCCUAUCCUACUGAAGUUGUUCCCUUGAGAUUAUGAAUAACAAACAUUAUGUAAGGAAAAGAUGUAUAAGUUUGCUUUUAAACAGAAUGCUGUGAUGUAUCAGCCUGGAAAACUGCAGAUGCAAACUCUAUGCAGAGAAGAGCCUAAAAAGCCCCAGCCAAAGGAAAAAAGCAACCCAAACCCCUUUGGAUGAUGGUCAGCAGGGAGGCUGACUGCACUGCUCCAGGGUUCCACUCUUUGGGGAAAAGAGGAAAGCCAUCACCAGUCACUUUUACCAACCAGGGUUACUCAGUGUAUUCACAGAAACUCCCUCAAUGCUUUCCAGCCCUGGAUUUGCUAUCAUCACCUCAAUUAAAACCCAAAAGAUGAAUGAAACGUGCCUUUUAGCAAUGUUUUGCAGCUGUGUCAAGCUGAUGAUGUCACAGGCAGAAAUCUUCACACAGAGGUUAAGCAAUGUCCCUUGGAAUGCUGUUCAGCACUGGUUUCUCUUUCUGCUUUCCCUGAGAGCAGGUCACUGAGGUUCCCAGUUAGUGCCACUGGCAGUGCUGCUAUUCCUGCAAAGGUUUCUUUCCUUCUUUUGACCAUUUUUUCCUUUUCCAGACUGAUUCUCCAUUGCUCUCAUCAGGGUUUGCACCUUUUCCUCGUGCUUUGAGUCAGUGUGGCCAUUCACCUUUUAUCACACCAC